AUGAAGCUGAAACAUGUGAUGCUUUUCGCCUUGUUUCUUACUAUUUGCUGGGCGUUCCUUCUGUUGUUCAAAGUUAUGGGCUUACUCGGUUUGAAGAAAGCCGCGAGUGCCGUCCCACUCAUGGUCCCCUUAAUCGUCACCACUAUCCUUUUUUCAACAUACAUCAAUCAGCAACACUUUCGAGUGACAGAGAAUCUUCCGAGUCGUGAAUGCAUCAAGCACGAUCUUCGAAAUGGACCGCUCUUUAACAUGAACCUCUUGAAGAAUGCCUACUUACAGCCGGAGAUGCAGGUGAAGGAAGCUUUUCCCGAGGUAAGCACAGAUCGCGAAUUGUCUCUGGGCUUGCACACUGAAGACGAGGGCCAGUACCUGACUCCUGAACCGUCGGAGAAUGGGAAGUGA